UUUUUUUUUGGGGAAAAGUUUAACGAAGGAUACACACAUUUACGAACAAAACCAACUACUGCAACUACUACAAGUUGUAAGUUGUAAUAAAUAAAAAUAUUUCUGACUGACCGCCCCUGUUACGAGUGCUUACAACAACGGCCAUGCAACAGGGUAAAUUUAAAUGGCGUCUUCAAUAGUGGCACAAUCUAGCGGCGGUACACAAGAAACGUCUGCAAACACUUUACUGCACCACCACCAUCAACAACAACAGCAGCAUCAGGCCCAACAACAGCAGCAGCAGCAACAGUUACAGCAACAAAAUCAGCAACAUCACGCAACAGCUGUUACAUCCAGCAAUUUGCAAAAUACGCAUUUGCAACAUUUAAGCAGUCUAAGCCAUCAUUACACACACAUUGGAACAACGGCCACAUUUCAGCCUCAUCAUCCACACCAGCAACAGUAUCAACAGCAUCACGUUGCCUAUCCUGGGCUACAGCAACACAACCAGCAACACACACAGCAGCAGUUGUAUCAGCAACAUCAGCUGCAACAGCAACAACAUUGGGACUAUUAUGCGAGGCAGCCACCGCCCCAUAACCAGCAGCAGCAACAACAGCAACAGCCUCAACACUCCCAGCAAGUUCAACAGCCAUUACAAUCUUCAACACCCACUAGUACCAGCAAUAACUCAACGUCAACUUCCACUAAUAACAAUAACAAUAAUGCCCCGGCGGCCACAAAUGGUUCAAGUUCCGUUGCCACAGUUGAUAGCCAAAAUGUUACCAAUCCGGGAAAUAAUAACACCAACAACAGCCACACAAAUGCUAGUUCGACCAGCAAUAGUAAUACCAAUGAUUCUGUAAGUUCUCAAACUAACGGUUCCAACAAUAAUUACACACGCCCUUGGGAAAUGGAGUCCAAAGACACAAACAGCAACUCCAGUUCCAAUCCCACACAACCAAAGAGUGGCUUUGAGCCAUUUUCAAAACUGCCCUCCUUUUCGAGUCAAUUUCAAGGCUUCGAUCAAUUAAUGGCCGAUGGUACACCCAUACCGCCAACGGCCUCCUCCACUACGGCGGGCAUAAAUCCAUCACUGAAUUCUCUGCAAACCGUGGCCAUGUCACCAGCCAGUAUAUCGGUCAGCUCACCGGGUAUGGUGAGUGUAGGUUCACCUCUCACCCAGCUGACCAACUUACAAACCAGCAUCACGCCACCUUCGACGGGUUUUACACCUUUAGGUGCGCCACCGCCGCCAGUGCCAACCAAUGCAUUUCAUCCCCAUCACCGACCUGCAUAUCCUCUAGUGCCAGCCGUCUUGCCAGCGCGUGAUAUACCACCAACUUUAACCAGUUCGGUUAGCACAGGUUAUACAUCCGAUCCUAUGCUAUAUCAACCAUUGACACCUUCAUAUGCUCCACACACGCCCAGUUCACUAGUACCCCUCUCGAUACAGUCCACUUCGUCGUCACUGUCCCUGUCGUCAUUGUCUUCACUGGGCAAAAAGGAUAAUUCAAUGUCAGCAUUUGAUCUCAAUACAAAUUCAAAUGGUUCACACAUGAGUGCAACUACAUCGAAUACACCAAAUACUAUUGGCACGCCUCUGGGCAUGCAUACGCCCACACCUUCGUACGAUGGUGCCAGCAGUUCGUCAAUGAUGGAUAUUUCCAAUAGUGCACUAGGUGCUAGUAAUACUGGUUAUCAUACACCCCACUCGACUCACACCAGUACGGGAUCUCAUACACCGCACACUACCCAGCCACAUACGCCCACUCCCUCGACCACGACGCCGCUGAAGGCGGACAAAGUUCUUAACUCGCCGUUGGCUAGAGUGGAUGCUCGCAAGAAAGAGAGGCGGAAAAAUCGGGCCCAUUCGCUGGAGUCCAGUGCCGAAUCCGAGGCCAGUGCCAUGGAUGUGGACCCCAGCAAUCCCGGCCAAGUAGAUGCUGUCUCAAGUACUGCUAAUUUUAAGAGUCCCAUCAGUAGUUUGGGCAUAGGAGACAGCAAUGAUGGUACCGGGGAAAAACAGAUGCCUUCUAACAUUUUCCAGUCAAAAAAGAAACGUAAACGUUGUGGCGAAUGCAUCGGUUGCCAACGCAAAGAUAACUGCGGUGAUUGUGCUCCCUGUCGCAACGAUAAAAGUCAUCAAAUCUGCAAACAACGUAGAUGUGAAAAACUGACCGAGAAAAAGGAACCUAAAGCCAAACAAGUUGUUUAUGGUCCUGAUGGUACACCGGUGCGUGCUGAAUCACGACGAGGUCGUGGAAAGGCUAAAAAUGCAACCGGAAAUACAACACCGACAACUGGGACGGGUCGUGGUCGUAAACCAUCUGCUAAAGCUGCAAAGUUAAAUGCGGCCGCUGCUACAGCAACUGCGCAUUCACCACGUCAGGUUGCGAAUUCAACGAUUAGUCCAGUAGCUGCCACAACAGUGACGGCAACAGUAGUGCCACAUCCCUCACCAAAUACGAAUACCAAUAAUAAUAACAAUAACAACAACAAUAUCAAUACGGUGGUUGCUAAUAAUUUGUUGGUGAAUAAUACUCAACAGCAAUUAAAUACAUUGCAUCAUCAGCAACAAACAAGUCAACAACAGCAGCAGCAACAUAUACAGCAACAACAGCAAAUACCAAAUAAUCAACAAUUGCAACAGCAGCAACAACAACAGCAUCUAACACAAACAUCUAAUCAACAUACUCAACAGCAGCAACAUCAUUUAUCUACACUACACACUCAACAACAGCAACAUUUAUCACAACAACAACAGCAGCAGCAGCAACAACAGCAUCAUCAACUAGCAGCUCAUACUCAACCUCAACAACAGCAGCAGCAACAACAACAAACUCUGCAUCAUCAGCAGCAGCAACAACAACAGCAGCAACAGUCCCAGUCCCAGCAGCAUCAUCAUCACCAACAUCAGCAACAUCAAAUAACCGCACAAAUUCAAACCAUGAAGGAUCAACCUCAACAACCCAUGGCACCCAUGGCCUUUUAUCCCACAUGGCAAGCUGAUCCUUCGCAGGGAUGGCAAAAUCAAUUCAUCCAACAAAUACCACAGAAUACGCCAACCAUAACGUCGCUCAACUCGUUGGACUUUCAGACACAAUCAUACGGUUAUCCAUCAAAUGGAUAUGUACAGACUGGUCUAGGAUUUGAUCCCAACUAUGGACGUUCGCCAUAUGGAGCGCCCGUGCAGCGCUAUGAUUUCCAGAGUCAACAACUAUCCAGUGCACCCAUUAAUCAGGUCGGUUUGCAGGGUGUAGGUUUCGGGCCGGCCGCAGUAACAUAUGCUGGGCAGGUAUCGACCACACCCGCAGCGCCUUCAGCGGUGGGUUUGCAACAGCAACAACAUUUGGGCAGUGUAUCAGAUCUCAACAAAUCGAUGUCGGGAAACGACACGCCUGGAUAUCCACGGGUGAGCAGCGUGCCGCCGCGCUCACUCAAUUGUAACGGAUAUUCAGGCGACUAUAGCGGCAGUCCUCAGCAGACUUCGAACUCUAAUAACAGUAACAACAGCAACAGCAGUACAAAUGCAGCUGCUCAUGCCACUGUUGCAGCAAAUAACUCCACAUCAGCUUCAUCGUUAUCGGCAUCCGCAACGGGCCACAAUGGUGGUCAAACUAUUGCUCACAACACAUCUGUUUCACAACCGGCAGCUUCGCCAAUGUUGGCGCCAAAUAACCAAACUGUGCCACCAUCUCCCACUCGUAGUGUCAUGCAACAACCUCAGUCUCAGGCGAUGACACAACAGCCACGCCAUGUUUCUCAGUCACCCAAUCAGAUUCCUCAAUCGCCCAAUGCCAAUAUGCCAUUAACACAGCAACAACAGCAGCAGCAGCAGCAACAAUAUGGUGGCACAACCAUACCGGCUUCGCCUCAUCACAAUGUGGCCGGCAUGCAGUCGCAACAGCAGAGUCAUGCAAAUAUUGCCUCACCACCCCAACACCCCCAACCCAUGCAACAAGACUGGAAUUGGAGCAGCCAAGCACAGGCUGCCAAUGAUCCGUAUCAACAGACCACGGGUCCGGGUGGAGAACGUUUAAAUCUCAACACUCGCAUUAAAUCGAUGAUUAUGCGUAAGAAUGAUCCAAAAGAUCCGCUAUCCGGUGCAGCACCGCCCGAUCUGCAUGGUAUGGCUGGAGCACCACCUCCACCCUUGGCUGGACUCAAUGCCCCAAAUGCCAACCAGCAGCAACAACAGACCGGUCAUUUUUUAUCGUAUAGCCACCAUCUCCGAAGCGAUUCAGUAAUGAACGCCAAUGGUUCGAAUGGUACUAGUGGACCACCUCCUGCAACGCAGCAAACCCAAUCUGGCUUAGCAGCGGGGGGCCCACUGGCAACAGAACCAAUCGGAGGUGGUGGCGACCAAAUUUGGAAACCACACCACGCAAACUCUUUUAAGAAACCCGUGGUAUCUGGUUUUCCAACUGUGGAACCUCAUCAUCAUAAUCAUCAUCCUCACCACCAGCAACUACAACAUCAACAACAGCCCAUUGCACAAGCACCUCCUCAACAUACUACGACCGCUCAUAGUGAACCAAAAAAGUCCCGAAGUAGAAGUAAAAAAUCGUCAUCAUCCUCUGCCUCAGCGUCAGCGUCAGCGUCAGCCACAUCCGCCGCAGCCGCCGCCUCAUCUAAUAACAAUCAUGCAAAUGCAGAUAAUGCUGACAUCGAUAAAAAUAGCCAUGAUCCUGGAGGUGGUCACCAUCUGGCACAUUUGGCAAAUAUCAAGUUAGAAAAGAAUGCUCCGUAUCCCCCACCACCCUCACAUUAUCCGCCACAGCACCCAGAUUAUCAUCAUGCUCCUUAUAUCAAAACCGAGCCCGGUUUAAUACCCGGCCAACCCAAUAAAAUGGAAGGUUACGAGCGCAACUAUCAGAACUUUGUGCAAUAUGCCGACUUCUGUCAAAAUGAAGUUCAAGGUCAGCCCGGUUCCGGAACACAAUCCGGAAUGCCCCAACAACCUCCCCAUCCACAUCAUCAAAGUCAACAGGACUACGCUGCGGCAGGUUAUCACCCCAACACCGGUUAUUAUGGUACUUCGUCGAGUUUUCAACAGAACUAUCAACAAAAUUUCGUCCCCAACUAUCAACAUUCAGCCUCAUCUUUUGGCAAUGCCCAUGGUAUGCAUCCGCAUGCAAAUGCCAUGUCCCACGGUCACACAAAAUCAAUGAAUGGGCCUUUGGCUAAACACCAUGCGUCUAGUUUGCAUCAUCACAACAGUCAUAUGAUGGAUGUGGAUCGUAAACCGGAAACCAAUAGCAUAAUACCGUUGCCAACCAACUAUGAGAAGGACAUACCAGCUCAUGCAUAUCCCAUACCACCACAUCGGUAUCCAUUGGGACAUGCACCACCUCAUGGACAUCUGGGUCCCGGGUUAUUGGAGCCCAAAAUCGAGAAUAUAGAUAGUGGUUACGGUGCUACCGCUUACCCUUUUCACGGUGAAGGAGGUCCAGCCGCUAUUAAAAAUAGCACUGGAUUCUCCUGCUGUCGUCAAGGUGGCACUCGUGCUCCCACUGCAGAACAUCUGAAAGAUGGCUCCUGUACGGGCAUGCAAACCAAAGACGAGAUUAUUUUGGAAGAAGAAGAGGCACAAGCGGCCAACCAGAAUGGUGCUAAACCAAAGAAAAAGAUCGUUAAACAAGAGGAAAGCAAUGAAAUUGUUGUUAAACAUGAAAAAAUCAAUCCUCUUUUUGAUACUUCGGAUCGUUUGGAGAAGGGAAACAAAACGGAAGUUCCGGAAUGUGAUUGUUUUCAAUCUGACAAAAGUCCACCCGAACCUGGUACAUACUACACUCAUCUCGGUACUGCUUCCAAUUUGGCGGAUUUGCGUAGAGAAUUCGAAGAGCGAACACAAGUCACGGGUCGCCAGUUGCGAAUUGAAAAAAUAUUGUACAGUGGCAAAGAAGGUAAAACUUCUACGGGUUGUCCAUUAGCUAAAUGGGUCCUACGAAGAGCUGAUCCCGAAGAAAAGAUUCUAGUCGUUGUCAAAAAGCGGCCUGGUCAUAGAUGUAUAGCUGCCUAUGUUGUAGUCUGUAUGGUUGUCUGGGAUGGUAUGCCUCGUAUGGAGGCAGACAAUGCUUACAAGAAUCUUAUACCAAAACUUAACAAAUUCGGCUUGCCCACAACACGUCGUUGUGCCACUAAUGAAAAUCGCACAUGCGCAUGUCAAGGUCUGGAUCCCGAAUCUUCUGGGGCCUCAUAUAGCUUUGGCUGUUCAUGGUCAAUGUACUAUAAUGGUUGUAAAUAUGCACGUUCCAAAACCGUAAGAAAAUUCCGUCUUUCGGUUAAGAGUGAAGAGUCUGCCAUUGAAGAGCACAUGAAUAUGCUGGCCACAAUUUUGGCACCGAUGUUUAAGCAAAUGUGUCCACGUUCCUAUGACAAUCAAACUCGUUAUGAGAAGGAAGCUCAAGAUUGCCGUCUUGGUAACAAGCCGGGUAAACCAUUUUCAGGUGUCAGUGCAUGUUUAGACUUUUGUGCUCACGCCCACCGAGACUUACACAACAUGCAAGAUGGCUGUACGGUACAGGUGGCUCUACUGAAACCAUCAAAUCGUGAUGUCUCCCAUCCAGACGACGAGCAACUUCACAUCUUGCCUCUAUAUACAAUGGACACUACUGAUGAAUUCGAAACGAUUGAAGGACAAAGGGAAAAGCAUCGAACUGGGGCAGUUCAAAUUCUGGACAAAUUCCCCUGUGAAGUGCGUGUACGUUCCACACCUCUUAUACCUUGUCGUAGACAUGGAAAAAAACGCAAAGAGGAUGAGACAACACCGGUAGAAGCUGAUACCAAUGCGGCAACACCUGCUCCAGCAACAGAAGCUCAAACGGCCACUAAUGGAUCUACACCAGUUGCAGCAAAAAAGGACUCGAAUGGUAGCUCUACGAACACUAAUGCGAAUCCAAGUGCGAACAACAGCCCAAAUGCAGCGAAUACAGCUACAGCGUCGGCCUCAAAAUCAAAGUCGAAGGCUAAAACGCAACAGUCAACGACUACUGCAACAUCAGUGCCACCCACAACACCAUCACCGCGUUGCCAAACUCCAGUUACAAAUAAUCCCAGUCCUGCAGGCAGUGCAUUCACCACACCUCCCGUUAGCAACAAUAACAAUCAUUCCAAUUCCCCAGCCAGUAAUGGCAGUACUACUGGAGGUAACCAACCAAACAACCAACUAAUGUCGUCCAAUUCCAGUCUAAUGAACAUGGCGACUAUGAUUGAUACAUUCACAGAUGCCCAACUGCAAUCGAAUCAGAUAUCGAGUACCGUUUUGGAUUCACCCUACUCCUAUGACUAUCAAACCGGUUCCUAUAUAGACUCGCGGAACUACUAUGGCAACUGGCCUCCACCACCCCAUCCGCACAAUCCGCACAAUCCACACAAUCCACAUGCUCCAGCGCAUACAGUUGCUCCCAUGGGCACAGCAGCGCCUAUUGGUCCACCCACAACUCCAACAAUACCGAAUGCAAAUGUUAAUCCCAUGGCGAACGCCCCAACAACACCCAGUGGCGUUCUUCAGACUCAGACUCAACAGCAUUCGACCGGUGCAGCACAAAUCGAGGGCAAUGGUUACAAUACCGGGUGCUAUAACAAUUUACCGACUGCAGGCAGCCAACAAUUGACCCAGGUACAUGACGUACGCGGUGAGGUUAAAAGUCGAGGCAGCGAAGAGAAUCCCGACUCCACCACAUUAGUCAACAACAGUUUAGCGGCAGAAAGUAAGUUAACUACUCUUACUCCUAUGACACCAAUGACUAAUCUAACGACACAACAUCAUCCUCAUGCUCCUCCUCCACCUCAUCAUCCCCAUGCGUCUCCACUUGAAGAAGGUUUUGUUAAGCCAAAGCCACCGACUGACUACUCUCAGUACUCCCAGUAUCCAAACAACUACCAGAUGUAUCCACCACCACACUCUGCAUAUUCAGCAUACGAUGCCUACCAGAACAUGAACUACAACUAUGGCUACCAUCAGGCGUAUUCUCCCUACGGCAUGUAUCCCCAGCAAACACCACCGCCCACGCCACCACCUUCGGCCAACUGGAACAUGUAUGGCCAUCAUCAAGGAACGGCGAAUACAGUCACAGCCACCCCAUACUCUUCAGCGCCAUUACCACCCUCAGCCACUGGACCUAUACAUCAAACUGGACAAAUGCUCAACUCGGGUCCCAUGCUGCCAAUUCAAACCACCCUAUCGAAUGGCAAUACGAAUAUGAAAAUGGCAACUGAUAGUGGUGUCCUUCCACCCCCGACAAUGGUAAGCAAUAACGCAGCACUUUGUGGCCAGAACCCAUCAUUAUCAAACCCUCAAACCAGUAUAACUGAUCUCAACAACACCCCGGCUCCAAACAAUCUCAAUGGGGAAGCAAAUGCACCGCCCAACUCUAAUGCAGGUCUCACAUCUCCCGAUAACAAUAUUGUUAAUGAGGGCAAUAACAUUUCCGCAGCUACAACCCUCACAUCAGCGGCAAAUGACAAUACGAACAUGAGUGCAGCCACUCCCUCACCAGUUUCCAUGGCCACAGAUUCAUCCAAUUCGGCAUGUCCCACAACAAAUACUAAUCCAAAUAAGAUUGAGCCCAUUGGCGAAGUGACCGAAUUCAAUGAAAACGUUGAGGCUUUCCAAGAUCCCCAAAUGGGUGGUGUGGCAAUAGCUUUAAAUCAUGGCAGUGUCUUGAUAGAAUGUGCCAAACACGAAAUGCAUGCGACGACCGCUUUAAAACAUCCUAAUCGGCAUGAGCCCACACGCAUGACUCUGAUCUUUUACCAGCACCGCAAUCUGAAUCGAAACCAUCAUGGCAUUGAUGAGUGGGAGGAAAAGAUGCGCGUUAAGAAGAUCAACACCGACCUGGACAACAAGGCAAAAGAGGAAAAGGAAAAAAUUAAAAAAGAACAAAUCGUCGAAAACGAAGACGAUGAAGAGGAUGAAGAAAUGUCAUCAGCAGCGGUUACCAAUGCAACAGCAAUCGCGCCUGUUGCAGCAAAAACAACACCGCCAAAAAAAGAUGUCAAUACAAGUGGUGGCAAUGGUAAUGGCAAAGGCGGUAAUGGUAGCGCCGGCGGGGGAGGAAAUGCACCCUCUGGCGGCAAAAAGAAAAAAGAACCAGCUAAAAAAAAUGUCCAAAAUUCUCAAACCAACAACAGCAACAACACUAGCAACAGCAAUAACAACAACAACAAUGGCAGUGAGCCAAAAAACGAGAAAGUUGCCCUCCGAGCACCCACACUAACAACAACUUCGUGGACAACCCUGUUUCCUAUGCACCCAUGUGUGGUUACAGGGCCUUAUCAGGAGGGCAACAGUAGUCCAACGUCCACAACAGUUCAACAGCAGCAACAACAACAAAUGCUGGAACAACCACAACAAUUGCAACAACAACAGCAGCAACAACAACAGCCAAUGCAAACAUAAAUUUCCAACAAAACGGAAACAUUUCUUAAGGUAUCUAAACUUUAGAGAGCUCUUGAAUGCUUAAAGAACAAGAAACCAGUGAUUUCUCCUCUUUCAAGAUUUCAAGAUUUUCGACUGAAUUUUUUGUUAAACAUUUUCCCCAUUUACAUAUUAGGUCAUUUCGACUUUUGUGCCAUAAUAUAAAUAAUACUACCCCUACUACUAUGUAUUUUUUUUAUUUAAUUUGUUUUCAUUAAUUUCUUGUGAUUUUUGAUUUUUUUUACACGUUCUUUCGUUUCAUUUGUGUCUUCAUUGUUAAAUAUUUGUUUGCAAGAUUUAUGCCAUUAUAUUUUAGCUAAAUGAUAGAGAUUCAUUUUUAAACAAACAGCCACAGCCACUGAUUGAAUAGUUUUAAAAGACAGCCAAGACUGUAUUAAAGGGAGCAUACCCAAUCCUUUAAAUACAACCUGCUGGGUAAAAACAAAACCAUUUUUAAAAUCACACACAACAAAUUCAUACUUAAAUAACAUAUAAAAUAUAAAACGCUUUUUAACAAAAUAAAAUAUUAAAAAAAAAAACAAAAAACUACUACAAAUAUUUAUAAAUAUUAUUAACGGAAAUUCAAACUACAAAUACAGAUUACACUUUAUGAUUUUGAUAAUUUUCUUUAUUUUUUUCUGCAUUUUAAAGAUUUUUUCAUUACAAAAAUAAACAACAUCAACAUAAAAAACAAGAGUGAUUAACAAAAUAAAAAUACAAAAAAUAAAAUAAUUAAAUUCAGUUGUAACCUAAAAUUAAUGAAAAAAAUACAAACAAAAGUUAAAAAAAUAAUAAAAUACUGUUAGAAAAAGAUCAUUGCCAAAAGUACAAAACAAAAAAAAAAAACAAACACAAACAUGAGAAAAAUAAUAUUACUAAAAAAAUAAAAUUUUUUAAAAAAUCUCGCUACUUUAAAACCAAACAAAUACAAAAUAAAUGACAAAAAACUGAAGUAAUAAAUAUUUUUUUAGAUCAUCAACACAAAUACAAAAACUGUCUGGUAAUAGACCGACCGGCCACUCACUAAACUUUCUUGGUUAACUAAUACAAACAUACAUACUUACGAGCGCAAACAUACAUAGAUACAUACAUACAAACUAUAGCAAAAAAAAAUAA